AUGAAUGCUGUCAAGCUACCGGAAGAGUGGGAGACGCUGUGCAGCAACGACGCAGAAGUUAUCCACGGGUGUAUCAACGGUGUUUUUAGACGUCUCCUGGCCAACUUGCUCUUGGACUUUAACAAUCCCAAGUUCCGUCAAGUAAAAAAGGACAACAAGGCCCUUCACCGCCUCACAGAGUCGCUACCAGCAGGCUUCAUCGAAUUUCUUUUCUCAAGCAUCGGUUUUACUAAGCAUGACGAUGUUUUUAUCUUUGAGGGGUCAACGGAGUCACUCAAGCACGGCGAUGCCGUUUUAUCGUACAUCGAGGACAGCUUUGGCAAGGAGAGGCUACAAGCUGCCGAGUGUGGGCUCCACCGCCUCAAGAACUUAGCGGUUAAAAAAGCCAAAAAUGGCCCCGCGCAAAGGGAAAUGGAGACUGCUACUGCACGGCUGCUAAGAGCACAACCUCUCCCACAGGAAGAAGAUGCACAGUCCCAAGCUCAGCACAGCGGAACUGAGAAAGGCGGGGCGGAAGAACGCGCAGUUAAGGAAGCUGUGCGCAAGACGCUCCUCAAUACUGGACGUGUGCGAAAUGGAUUUUUUGAGGCACGUGACUUUAGUGUCCGCAUCAUGCAGCACGGUCGCGUCUACGCCUGCACAGAAAAGUGUCCUGAUCACUGCGUUGAGGCGCAUUGGCAUCUUUUGACUGGGAGAAACAUUCUGUAUUCCCACCUCGCGCACCUUUCUGCUGAUGGGACGCGGCUCCUGCAUCUAGGCCCUGAGCACGGAUAUCAAUAUAACAGCCUCCCUGGAUCAGCGAACUUCGGCAAGACGAUCCACUUUAGCGAGAAGCUAAUGGAUGAAAAUGGAAGGCUAGUGGACAUCAAAAAUGACGACAAACCCGUUACUGCGUGCAUCUACUGCGGCCACGCGUUCGCCGAAUUGUUACUGUAG